AUGGCAAAAUACUGUCUUAAAAAAGCUAGCAAGCGGGUGAGCUGUGCCAAGCGCUACAAGAUCGAGAAGAAGGUUCGUGAUCACAACAGAAAAGUGAAGAAAGAGGCAAAGAAAAAUGGAACACUCAACAAAAAGGAAAAGACGAUUAGUGUGCCAAACUCUUGCCCAUUUAAAGAAGAGAUUCUGAUUCAAGCAGAGCAAGAACGCGAGAAGAUCAAGGCUCGCCAGGAGGCCGCCAAAGAAGCUGCUAAACUUCACCGUGUUGAGAAACGAAAGUUGAAUCUUCCUGCAAACUUUGAGAGUAUGGUGUCAAAAGCAUCAAAGCAAGGAGCAGAAUUCGAAAAGAAAGCAGCUAACGCAGCAGAUCAAGAGAAAUUCAACACUCUUGACGACAAAACAAUCAAGGCCUACGCAAGUGAAGUCAGAAAAACUAUUGAAAUCGCUGAUGUCAUCAUUCAAGUUCUUGACGCCAGAGAUCCACUUGGAAGCCGUAGUAAAUCUGUUGAGGAGCAAGUUUUGAAGGGUGGAAAGAGAUUAAUUCUUCUCCUGAAUAAAAUCGAUUUGGUUCCACGUGAAAAUGUGCAGAAAUGGUUGGACUACCUUCGCGGACAGUUCCCAACUAUCGCUUUCAAGGCUUCGACUCAAGAGCAAAAGUCUAACAUCGGACGUUUUAACAGUGCAAUUCUCAACAAUACUGAAACUUCAAAAUGCGUUGGAGCUGAUAUUGUUAUGAAGAUUCUUGGAAAUUACUGCAGAAAUAAGGACAUCAAAACGAGCAUUCGCGUCGGUGUUGUCGGAUUUCCAAAUGUAGGAAAAAGCAGUGUUAUCAACAGUUUGAAGAGAAGAAAGGCUUGCAAUGUUGGAAACCUUCCAGGAAUCACGAAAGAACUUCAAGAAGUUGAGUUGGACAAAAACAUUCGUCUUAUCGAUUCACCAGGAGUUAUUCUUCUUAGUCAGAAAGAAUUGGAUCCAAUCGAGGUCGCACUGAAGAACGCCAUCCGUGUUGAUAAUCUUUUGGAUCCAAUUGCUCCAGUUCAUGCUAUUCUUCGUCGUUGCAGCAAAGAAACUAUCAUGAUGCACUAUUGUCUUGCCGAUUACAACUCUGUCGAUCAGUUCCUUGCACAAUUGGCCCGCCGGAUUGGUAAACUUCGUCGUGGAGCUCGUCCUGAUUUGAACGCUGCUGCUAAAAGAGUAUUGAACGAUUGGAAUACUGGAAAACUCCGAUACUACACACAUCCACCGGAGGCCGGAUCUGCUAAAGACGACACCAGUGUUCCAGCUGAAGUUGUCACACAGUUCAGCAAAGAAUUCGAUAUCGAUGCUAUUGCUGAUGAUCAGAAUCAAAUCAUUGAAGGACUCCCGAUGGAAAGUGAUACUAUUGCACCACAUAACUCCGACGAAGAUGAGGAAGAAGACGAGGAGAUGGAGACUGGGGCUGAUGAGAAGAAGCAGACAGUAACAAGUGGAAGAAAAGUGAAGGGACCAACCAAGGAUGACGACAAGCCAGUUCUGCCAGAAAGUCUUGCUCUUGACGGAAACGUACAAUUGAAUAAGCUGAUCAAAAACGCCAUCAAGAAGCAAAAGAAGAAGUCAAAGAAGACUUCAAACAGAGCCGAAAAACUAUCGGAUUCUAUUGGAAACAUGCUCGGAGAGUCUAUGGAAAUGUAA